AUUCCGUGACUAAGUUUAUAUUUUCAAACAAACUAACUGAGUGAGAUGAGGGACGAUCUUAAGUAUCUGACAGGAUUUGAUAACGAGUUCAGUAGUGAAGAUGAACGAUGUCUUGGUGCUCUGCCAGUUGGUCAAAAUAAUCCACAAAAAUGUUACAAUGGCCUUUACGCAGAACAAUUAUCAGGAACAGCAUUCACAGUACCUCGUUCUGAAAAUAAAAGAACUUGGUUCUACCGGAUCAGACCAUCGGUAAUCCAUGACGUAUUCAAGCCCAUGAAUAAUACAGCAGUACAUUUAUGCUAUGAUUGGGAUAAAAUUCCACCCAAUCCAAACCAAUUACGCUGGAAACCAUUUGAUGUGCCAACUCGUCAGGAGCCGGAAGUGGAUUUCGUCGAAGGCCUACAUACGAUUUGUGGCGCUGGAGAUCCUCGUAUCCGUACAGGACUGGCCAUUCAUAUUUACCUUUGUAAUGCAUCCAUGAAAGAUAAAGCCUUUUACAACUCCGACGGUGACUUUCUUAUUAUACCACAGUUGGGGCCAUUACAAAUUACAACAGAAUUCGGUAAAAUGCGAGUUGAACCAAAUGAGAUCUGCGUACUUCAACGGGGAAUGAAAUUUUCGAUUAUUGUUUACGGACCAUCGAGAGGAUAUAUUUUAGAAGUUUUCGAUAAUCACUUUCAAUUGCCAAAUUUAGGACCAAUUGGUGCAAAUGGCUUAGCAAACCCAAGAGAUUUCAAGACACCAACAGCUCAUUAUGAAGAUAAAGAUGUACCGUAUAAGAUAAUCAAUAAAUAUCAAGCAAAAUUAUUCAUGGCAAAAAAAGGUCACAGUCCCUUCGAUGUGGUGGCAUGGCAUGGCAAUUAUGUACCUUACAAGUACAAUCUUGAUUAUUUUAUGGUUAUCAACUCAGUUUCUUUUGAUCAUUGUGAUCCUUCAAUAUUUACUGUUUUAACUUGCCCAUCGAAUAAACCAGGAACUGCUGUGGCAGACUUCGUCAUCUUUCCUCCACGGUGGUCUGUUCAAGAACAUACUUUUCGUCCACCUUAUUAUCAUAGAAACUGCAUGAGUGAGUUUAUGGGUCUCAUAAAGGGUCACUACGAGGCGAAGGAAGAAGGUUUCAAACCGGGUGGUGCAAGUUUACAUUCAAUAAUGACACCUCAUGGUCCAGACUCACGUUGUUUCGACGUGGCCACGAGUCAUGAACUGCGCGCGGAACGUAUUGCUGAGGGUACCCUGGCUUUCAUGUUCGAAACGUAUUAUAGUUUAUCGAUAAGUGACUGGGCUCUGAAUCACUCCAACAAACUCGACAGCGACUAUCAAAAGUGUUGGAAAGAUCUGAAGAAGCUUUCAUUAACAAGUACUGAAUAGUCGAUAGCUGAAGGAGCUGAAUAAAAGAUUAGAAAAUAAAAUAUUCAGGUGAACUCAAAUAAAGAAU